AUGACGGUGAGAUCGCUGUGCGCCGCGCCUGGCAUCAAUCUGAUUGCCACCGCGCGCAAGUCUCUGGAGCCGCUCGAGGACGAUGAUGCCCCGGAUGCGCUGCAGCUGCGCACAUUCGAGGACUUCGCGCCGCGGGGACUGCUCCUUGCGCGCGACCCCCGAGCCAAGCAUCGCGUGCACUGCCCUCGGGGGCUGCUGUGUGUUCUACCGCCGUCUGGAUCAGAUACCGCUCGAGCGGGUGACUCUCAGAGCCUCCCCGCCACCAUCGCUCCCGGACGCAAGACAGCAGCGUUCACGUCCAGCACCGCCGUCUGGGUGAACAAUGCCCUUACCUGGCGCUCCUAUUGCCGAGGUCUUCGAAUUGCGCAUAUAGCUACUUUCCUACCUGCCAACUCUUAUUCCAACAUUUAAUAGUCCCCAUUGUAUAAUAUAAUACCGCGGCUCUCGUCUCCUCCACGUUC